AUGGACAUAGCAUCUGAGGCUCCAGAAGCUACCGCUAACACAGGUACUCAUCGGUCCUUGGACGUGAAAAUCGAGUCUAAACCCCAGACCCAAUAUGCAUACAACCAAGAUUAUCGAUUCUGGUGUAUUAUCACUGCCCUGUAUACUAUGCAAGUCUUAUGUUCGCUCGAGAAUACCGUGGUAGUCACUUCCUUACCAACUAUUGUUAAACAAUUGGAUCUGGGAAGUAGCUACAUUUGGGUCACCAACGUAUUUUUCCUCACGACAUCUGUUGUCCAGCCGCUCACUGGUCAGUUGGCCGGCCUCUUUGGGCGCCGACACGUCGCACUAGCUGUUGUCGCCUUAUAUACGCUUGGUAGCGGUCUUGCUGGGGGAGCGAAUGGGCCAGCCAUGCUGAUCGCCGGUCGCGCUGUGCAAGGCACUGGAAGUGGGGGUAUGACAGCCAUCAUGGGUAUCGUCAUUUCAGACCUCGUCCCUCUUCGGCUGAGAAGCAGUUACCAGGCUAUCCUCGCCAUGACGUAUGCAAUUGGAAUGGCCAUUGGCCCCAUCGUAGGAGGCGCUAUUGUCGAGGAUACCACCUGGAGAUGGGUGUUUUACAUAAACCUCCCCGUCGGCAGCGUCUCUCUCAUCCUUCUAUGGUUAUUCUUACGUGUUAAAUGGGAUAAGGAGAGUAAGAUAUGGAAUAAACUCAAACGUAUUGACGUUGCGGGCAAUGGCUUGCUGGUGGCAUCCACGGUAUCCGUUCUCAUCGCGCUGACUUGGGCUGGUUCUGUUUAUCCGUGGUCAUCUUACCAUAUCCUUGCCCCAUUGAUUAUCGGCCUCGUUGGCCUUAUUGGCUUCGUUUGUCUUGAAGGUUCCUCAUGGGUUCCGGAGCCUGUCAUGCCGCUUCGUCUUUUCGCAAAUCGAACCUCCGCCGUAAUAUUCGCGAACACCUUCAUCGUCUCGAUGUUGAACUACUGGAUUUUCUUUUUUCUGCCUCUCUAUUUCCAAGCCGUUCAGCUGUCAACCCCCACUCGCUCGGGGGUGCAGAUCCUGCCCAUCACUUUGAUUGCUGUCCCUGGGGCCGCGGUCGGGGCGGUGGCCUUAUCUAAAUGGGGUAGAUACAAGCUUCUUCACAUCAUCGGCUUCGCUUUCCUCACGGCUGGUAUCGGCACUUUUUCUGUUCUUGAUCGCAACUCGAGCACGGCAAAGUGGGUCUGUCUCCAGAUUCUCCCGUCCGUCGGUGCCGGCAUGAUCCUGGACACUCUCCUACCAGCCUUCCAAGCAGGUGUAGAGGAGAUAGAUUCUGCAGCCGCCGCGGCGAGUUGGUCCUUCAUACGCAGUUUCGGGAAUAUCUGGGGUGUCGCAAUCCCGGCAGCCAUCUUCAACAUUUACAGCAGUCAAUACGCUGCGGAUAUCGUAACGGACCCGACCGCCAGAUUAUCGCUGCAAAAUGGUGGCGCGUAUUCAAGCGCAACACGAGACUUCGUUGAGUCGUUUUCCGAACCAACGCGGGGUCAAAUUAUUGAUGUCUUUACAAGAUCGUUGAGCAAGGUCUUCCUUAUUGGUAUCACCUUUCCAGCAAUCUCAUUCAUCCUAUCGUUUGUGGAGCGAGAGGUAAAGCUGCGCACGGUGCUUGAAACCGAGUUUGGGCUAGAAGACAGGAACAGCACAAAGUAUAGUAGAAAGGCCUGAGAUCCUUUAGAUGUAGUAAAAUCAAAUUUGUAUCAUAUGCCUUUUUUAAUUUCACAUUCAUCUGCCGUCUGCUAGUCCUGGCAGCUCAGGUAGAUAUCCGCCGUCGUAGGCAACAUGGUUCGGUGUUGCGAGUCAGAGUUUACGUCUCACAA